AUGAUUGGACUAAUGGUGAUCAAUCUGUGUAGAGGGGUCUCUGCAGUCUCUCAUUCUCUCCGGUAUUUUUUUACCUCAAUGACCCCGAUUCCCGGCCUGCCAGAGUUUGUUGGUGUUCGUUAUGUGGAUGAGGUGCUGAUAGUUCGUUAUGACAGCGAUCAAAAGAUGGUGCUCCCUCGGCAGCAAUGGAUGGCUGAGAGCGAAGGCCCUGAUUACUGGGAACCGGAGACACAGAAGCAGCGGCGCAUGGAGACAGAGAUGAAGUCCUGUGUUCAUACCCUUAUGACGCGGAGCAACCAGACGGGUGGGUUGCAUGCUUACCAGCUGAUUUACGGCUGUGAGUUGCGUGAAGACAACAGCAUGCAAGGAUAUGUCUUUUAUGGCUGGGAUGGGCGUGAUUUCAUCAGCUUCGAUAGGUAUCACAUGGCCUGGGUACCUGCAGUAAUCUGGGGAAUGAUCACCAAGAAUAAGUGGGACCAGGAUGUGGACCUGAACGAAAAGUGGAAGCACUACCUGGAUAAGGAAUGCAUCGAGCAGCUCAGAAAAUUCCACUCUGUGACCAUCUAUUCCCCCCAUCUGAGUAAUUCUAACUAGCUGUUGUGUUUUACCACUGGGUUUUACCCUCAAUACGUUGAUGUGACUCUGCGAAAAGGUGGGGUACCCGUCGAUGUGGUCCAUUCUAGUGGUGUCCAGCCCAAUCACCAUAACACCUUCCAGAUCCACAAACUUUCAGAGAUCAAUCCCAUGGACCAGGCCAACUUCUCCUGUGUGGUGAACUACAGUGGGCUGCAUGGCAUGAUGGUUGUGUUUCUUGGUCAUCUACAGAGGGUGUCCGCUUACAAACCAGAACUGAUGGAAAAAAUUAAGAAAUGA